AUGACUUCAGAAGAAGAAGACGAUCUGGGGAUUAAGCCUGUAGGUUCUAAUUUCAAAUUUUUUAAGUUUUUUGAAAUUUUGGUUUUUAAAAAAAUUUUUAUGAGGUUGUUCAAAUAAUUACGUGCCCUUUCUCAAAACAGGUUUUUGAGGCUAAGAGGCACAUAAUUAUAUGAACAACCUGAUAAAUUUUGAUUUUUUGACAUUUUGUUUACUUUCAGGAUACAGUAAUCUCUGCAGCAAAAGGUAACUACAUUGUGGAAUGUCUACUGGGCGAGGGUGGAUUUGGCGCAGUAUUCAAAGUUCACCUGGAGUCGGAUCCAAAGAAGACGUACGCCAUGAAGGUGGAGAAGAAGCUCGAGACUCGGAAGCACAGUAAACUCAAAAUGGAAAUAGCCAUCCUAAAAGGGGUGGCUGAGGCUAAACUACUGUAAGUUUGCCUGUUUUGAGCCUUUAAAAAGUCAAAUUGUGACACCGUGGUAUACCAAUUUUCAAUUUUCAGUAAAAAGACAACGCAUUUCACCGAGAUCAUAGACCGAGCCAAGAAACCCACCUUCACCUUGAUAGUAAUGCAGCUGGUUGGAAAGUCCUUGGCCGAUUUGAAGGCUUCAAGACCUGAUAAGGUAUUCUCAACAGCUACGGGUCUUGGAGCGGGCUGUCAAUGUCUUCAGGCGGUCGAAGAACUUCACAACGCCAAGUUUGUGCACAGAGACAUCAAGCCGGCUAACUAUGCAGUUGGACUGGACGAACAGGCUCAUACUGUAAUUUUUUUUUAAAUUUUAGGUAAUGCCAGACCAAUAGCUCAUAGUUAACAUUUUUUUGGUUUUAGGUAAUAUUAAGGUAAUUGUAUAUGCGUUAAGGCUUUGAAAAGGAGGUUUUACUGUUUGGUUUUGAGUUUUUUAGGUAACACUAAAAUUAUUUUGACCUAAAAUUACAGUAUAGAUUAGAUUAGUACGUUAUACUGUAACUUUUUUUGUUUUGUAAAGGUAUUGUGAGCUUCGUAUAGAAUAUCCAAGUAUAGUCUAACUUUUUUUAUGAUAUUGUGCUUUCAGGUCUACAUCCUUGACUUUGGCAUAGCCCGAAAGUUCGUGAAGAACGACGGUGAACUGAAGACUCCACGAGAAGGCAUUGGCUUUAAAGGAACGAUCAGAUUCGCUUCCCUAGCGUGCCACAAAAACUUUGACGUUGGUCCAAUCGAUGACGUGGAGUCCUGGUUCUACCUACUGCUUGACAUUUUGAUGCCAAAAGGGUUACCGUGGAAGAAGCUGGCCGAGAAGAUGGAUGUGCGCAAGUCCAAAGAAGACCUGAGGACGAAAGGAGCCUUCCUAGCCAUGUAUCCAGAACCCAAGUAUAAAAACGAACUACUCAAAGUAUUCGAAUACAUUCAGAACACUCAGUACGGGGAGUACGUGGACUACAACUACAUUUACAAGACGAUGGAAGUGGUAAGUCGAAUGUUCUUAAUUUUUUGGAACUAUGGCCAAUUUUAAUUUUUUUUGAAAUUUUGUGUGAAAUGCCAAUUUUUAGCCUAGUUUUUAUUGCUUCUGAUAUAUUGUGGAAAAAGAUAACAUUUUUAAAAUACAUUAAAUAACGCCGUUUUUAAUGUAAAAAUAUAGUUCUGAACUUUUAACUAUGAACUAAUUUAUAUUGUUUUAGGCAGCCAAGACAGCCGGCGUUAAUAUCGAUGCACCGUUCGAUUGGGAGAGAAACAAGGACACUACAGAAUCAAAAAUGGGUUGA